AUGGCUACAAGGUUCUUUGAAGAGAAAGAUCAUGCAGAGCUUUAUCAGAAAUACAGAUUUGUUCCAUCGGAAGAGCUACAAAAGACAAUCUUCUCCUACUUGGAAGAAAAGACAAGUAAGCCCUACAAAAUUGCUGUGGAUAUUGGCUGUGGAUCUGGACAAGGGACAAGACUAUUGGCUCCCUAUUUUGACAAGGUAUUGGGAAUAGACAUCAGUGAGGCUCAGAUCAACCAGGCAAAGCAGUUACCUAAUGCCCUCAACAUUUCUUACAUUGUUGGCUCUGCCGAAAAACUUCCCUUGGAAGAUGAUUCUGUGGACCUUCUCACCUCUUUUACAGCCAUCCACUGGUUUGACAAAGUACCUUUUUUGAUGGAGGUAGAACGGGUCUUGAAACCUCAUGGUUGUGUGGCCUUCAGCUCAUACCUUCCCUACAUCAAAGUGUAUUACAAAGACUGCUCAGAGAAGCUUGAAACAAUUGUGAAUGAGACUAUGAAAUUCCUUGUUGACAGUGAUGCCAGUGGAAGAAUAAAGUUUCUGGAAUCUAAGUACCAGGAUGUCUUUGAUUCUAUGAGUUUUCGAGAAAAAAAUAGCGUUAGAAACAUACAGAGUAAAAUACCCAUGACUAUUAAUGGCCUACUGGGAUACAUACAGUCUCUUGGCAUGUACCAAACUUUGCUGAAAACCAACAGUGAGACAGCAAAAGCCCUUUUGAAAAGAACUGAAACAAGAUUACAACCGUCUAAAGAUAGGGACUAUAAGCUUGGUAUCUCUCCCAAUGGUUCUCAUAGGGCUUUCCAUGUUGUAGAUGUGUAA